GGAAAGCUGUCUUCCACACUGAGGUUUAGGGAAAUACUUAAGUAAAAACAUGAUGAGGAACAUUUGCAUCUUCUUCCUGCUGCUCGUCCUUCCUGUCUGUGGGCAGCAAUCAAGGCUCAGAAAAACCAGCUUUAUACAGUAUCAUCUAGAAAAGACCUGGAACGAAGCUCAGUCUUUCUGCAGAAAGAACCACACUGAUCUUGUCACUAUCAGAAAUGAAGACGAGAAUCAGCUGAUAGCUAAUGACAAGAGCUGGAUCGGAUUGUACCGAGAGGAUGAGAACAGUCCAUGGAAAUGGUCCAGCAGUGGAGAGAAUGCAACCUACUUCAAAUGGGGACAUAAUGAACCAAAUAACCCAGAAACUGAACUCUGUGUUGUGAGGUGGGAUAAAGAUGACUGGAAAAAUGACGACUGUUCGAAGAAAAAUAAUUUCCUGUGUUAUGGUGACAAUCUGGUUCUGGUGAUGGAGAACAAGACGUGGGAGGAGGCGUUAGACCACUGCAGGUCUCUGGGAGGAGAGGACUCAGAGAAUCCAGACUCUGUGUCCUGGAAGCCCAGCUACGACUUGGCCACCCUGAUGACUGAAGAUGAUCAUGACUACGCACGAGAGGAAGCACAGCAGGCGACCACUGAUGAGGUGUGGACGGGUCUGCAUUUCCUGGGUGAUGGCUGGUUGUGGGUGGGUGGAGAACCGGUGCAGUACCAGGAUAUUCCAAGCUGCCUGGCUUAUGGCUGUGGUGUCCUGGAGAAGAACAGCAACACAUCCUUUGGGCUCAGAGCCUGCAGUCAGAGAAGGAACUUCUUCUGUUACAAGAGGCCUGAAAACGACUGAAAGCCACUGGGCUCAUCUAUCAGCUGCUUCUCCCUGCUGUUAAUAACAACACCAGGAGUUUAGAAACACUGCUGGAAUCUCUGCAGCUCAUCCACAAGUAAACACUCUUCAUUGCUGCUGCUUGACUGCUGCCAUUGUUUUUCUGAUAAAGAAUAAAACUGAGAGAAAAAUACAAACUUAAAUAUGAAAUAACACAGUCAGCUGUUCAUUGCACAUAAAAACAAUCUCCCCUGCAGUAAUCCCCACCCCGUCAUGCACGAAGCUUCUCGUAGAGUACCACCAGACCAAACUUCUCACAGAGUAUGUAACAAGCUUAAGAGAUAAAUGCUCCUCUGCUGCCACCUUCAGGAGUCUGACAGUAACUGCAGCAUGUUUGUUUAUCUCAGUAAAGCAGCAACAAUGAAGGAACUUUACUUAGUAAAUGCUCCACAUAACUACUCUGCUUCACAUCACUGGAAACACACUCAGAUGUACAAACACAUAUUUGAUAAGAAGUUUGAAGUUAGACAGUAAAACAGAUCAGUGGUGGAUCAGUAGAGUCUGUCCUUCACUGAUUAGAUGACAACAGUUUAAAUAGUUGAAAAUCUAUUUCAGUGUGUGAACAUCUGGUGGUUUUAUUAAAACAUGAACGGCAGGUAAAAGCAGGCAAAAUACAACACCAGUGGAUUAUAAUACAUUUACUGGAGUGAACUGGAGUAGAAAUUUAAAGUGUGUCUUUAACUUUAACUCAUCACAGUACUUGUUUUCUACAGUUCAGAGGGAAAUUCUGUAAUCUGUUCGUCUUUUAUUUAAAUGUUAUGAUCUUUUUUCUAUGUAAUAUUAGGUUUUAUAUUCAUAUUUGUAAUUAGAUUAUUUAGCCGUUCAUUUAUGAAGUAGUUAAGUGUGAAACACUUUAGAUGAUUUGAAAGUUUUAUUCAUAUUUGUUUUGUCAUAAUUUAAUCUACGUUUAAUUCAGUGCAAAAUAGUUUUCACUUAAAUCUAAAUCAGAUAUAAAACCUUCAUCCUGAACUAUGCUGUUCAGGUUGAGGUCAUCUGAUUUGGUUCUUCUCUUCAGGAAUUGUUGGGAGUUUGGUAAAGUGAUGGAAAACUGGAUGUGAAUCCUGUUGGAUUCAUCUUUCAGUUUUCAUCCUUCGUCAGGGAUGUCCCCUAAAAGAUUCCCAGAAGCAAAAAACACAUUAUAAUAUUUUUAAACUAUGACAUGGUAAUAAAUGGUAGCUAUCCCCCACAAAAAAAUGUAAAUUUUUUGUUAUAUUUUGUUAAAGGGACAAAUACAGACCUUAUACAUUUAAAAAAAUUAGACUUUUCUUACCAUUUUUUCAUGGGUCAGGCCUUACAGGGUUAAACAAUAAACUAAACGUAAACCAUCAAGACUGCCUCCUCAUGUUCACGUUGUAGAAUUAUGUAAGUUUAUUUUUUGGGAUGUAACUAAUGUCAAUUUCUGCUGCUUGUGAUAAACCCAGAAAGAAUUUCCUUGUGGAAAACUGUAAUGAGAAUAAACCUUCCUUUGUCCUUCUUUUUAAUCCUACUUUUUCUAGCAGAAGAAAAUUUGC